AUGGAUUUAGUUCACUAAUGGCGUGUCUUCCGGUAACACACGUUAUAACGUCAAAAUGGCAAAGAAAAAAGGCGACGAGAAAGUGAAUCAAACACCUCAAAGUGAUAAUGAGGAACAGAAUUUUGACGAAGAGCCCAAUUUUGAGGAUCCCGAGGGAUUCGUAGAUGACAUAACUGAUGAGGAACUGUUGGCAGACCUCUUGGAACAGAAGCCGAAGGAGUCUGACGGUUAUGAAAAUGUGAUAAUCGUCGACGGCUGCCCUCAAGUCGGGCCUGAGCGUCUGGAAAAACUCCAGAGUGUAAUAAAUAAGAUCUUUAGCAAGUUUGGGAAAAUCGUCAACGAGUAUUAUCCAACCACCGAAACGGGAGUCACAACGGGCUACAUUUUCCUAGAAUACAGCAAUCCCCAGAAUGCCGCUGAAGCUGUACAAGCCACUAAUAAUUGUAAAUUAGAUAAACAACAUACAUUUUUGGUGAACCUUUUCACUGAUUUUAAAAAGUAUUCAGAUAUUCCUAAAGAAUGGGAGCCACCAGCACCUCAGCCGUUCAAAGUGCAGUCGGACCUGCAAUGGUAUCUCAUGGACCCAGAUGCUUACGACCAGUUCCUUGUGGGCAUUGGCACUGGGGUUGCGCUACAAGUGUGGCAGAACACCUUACCAGAGCCUAUAGUGUUACAGGAGCGGCCGAACUGGACGGAAACAUAUGCAGUAUGGUCACCCCUUGGUACAUAUUUGGCUACAUUCCAUUGGCGAGGAGUGGCCUUAUGGGCUGGCCCCAAGUUCAGUCAGUUUCAAAAGUUCUACCAUCCUGAGGCGAGAUUCAUAUCCUUCUCACCAUGUGAGAACUAUAUUGUUACCUUUUCACCAAACAGUGACAGAGGUGAUGAUAAGAAACUCAUUAUUUGGGAUAUUAGAACAGGACAGGAAAAGCGUUCAUUCCCUCCACCCGAGGAAUAUGUGACGUGGCCAAUAUUCCGUUGGAGUAAGGAUGAUCGUUUCUUUGCUCGUCUGGGUGCUGACAUGCUUUCUGUGUACGAGACCCCCAGUUUUGGUCUGCUAGAUAAGAAAUCUAUUAAAAUACCUGGUAUUAGAGACUUCUGUUGGUCACCAACUGACAAUGUCCUAGCGUACUGGGUAGCUGAAGAUAAGGACGUGCCUGCGCGUGUCACACUUCUAGAACUCCCCAAUCGCACUGAAAUACGUUCUAAAAAUCUCUUCUCUGUAGCCGACUGCAAAAUACAUUGGCAGAAGAGUGGUGAUUAUCUCUGUGUCAAAGUAGACCGUUACUCUAAAGUCAAGAAAGACAAGAACGAAAUUAAAUACUCUGGAAUGUACUAUAACUUUGAAAUAUUCCAUAUGAGAGAAAAAGAGAUUCCCGUCGACUCUGUGGAAAUAAAGGAGCCCAUUCAAGCUUUUGCUUGGGAACCAAUUGGCUCCAAAUUCUCAAUCAUUCACGGUGAUGCUGCAAAUAAUUGUAUAAGUUUCUAUCAAGUGAACACUGGUCAAGCUCCGACACUGUUGAAAAAACUGGACAGAACGUUUAAUCAUCUGUUCUGGUCUCCGAUGGGGCAGUUCAUUGUGUUAGCCAACCUUGGGCUCACUGGCGGAGCUUUGGCCUUUGUGGACACCAACGACUUUACCAUCAUGAAUAUAUCUGACCAUUACCAGGUAUCGGGCAUAGAAUGGGAUCCAACAGGUCGCUACGUUGUGACUGGAGUGUCGUCACUCAAGUGCAAGAUGGACUGUGGAUACUAUCUGUGGUCCUUCCAGGGCAAGAUCAUUCGAAGAGUGAUGAAGGAAGGCUUCGCCCAGUUCUUGUGGCGACCGCGACCGCCUACUCUACUGUCGGAGAAGCAGCAGAAGGAGAUUAAGAAGAACCUCAAGAAGUACUACUCGCAGUUCGAGUCCAAGGACCGCAUGCGUAGCAGCAAGGCCAGCAAGGAGCUGGUGGCGAAGCGCACGGAGCAGAUGAAGAAGUACGUGGAGUACCGCGAGCUGAAGGCGCGCGAGUGGGCCGAGCAGAAGCCGCGCCGGCUCGAGCUCAGGAACUAUGUAGACACGGACGGUCUCGACACGGACCCGACGAACACUGUGGAGGAGGUUAUAGAAUUCUUUAUUAAAGAGGAACAAACGGUCAUCGAGUAGUCGCCGGACUCCGCACGUCUAGAGGUCGGGGAUAACCCCGACCUCCUCGAUAGCCGGUCGCGGCCGGCUCCGACCGGUCCAUUCGCCGGUUUUUGAUCAGCAAAGAUAACUUUUUAAUAAACAGACAAACACCAUC